AUGUCUGUCGACUCGCAGAAGAAGGAGCUCAAUGCCUUCCUCUCCUUCUUCGCCACCUUCGACCUCUCCCGCCCGGUCACCACCAUAGCGGACCUCUCAGAUGGCGCAGCGCUGUUUGAGAUCCUGACGCUUGUCGACGCGGACUACUUCCGCCAACCCACCCGGCCGUCCGCGCAGCCCUCGGACAACUGGGUCCUCCGCUUCAGCUCGCUGAAGCGGCUGUACAGGCUCAUGACGCAGUACUUCUCCGAGGUGUUGCACCAGCCCACCGGUGCCCUGGACGUACCCGACCUGCAGGCCAUCGCGAAGGACUAUAACGUCAAUGCCACGAUCAUUAUAUGUCGACUGACCAUCGCCAUUGCCGUGCAAUGCGAGAACAACCAGGUCAUCAUCGAACGGAUACAGAAGCUGUCCGAGUCGGAGCAGCACUCUCUCAUGCGGGUCAUCGAGCAAGUUAUGUCCAAGGCCAGGAGCUCUGCGGAGGCCGGAAUGGAAGUCAGCAUCACUGAGGAUGACCACUAUUAUCAAAUUCAGUCAGAACGCAGUCGCAUAUUGUCGGAAAAGGAGACUUUAGAGAAAGUGUACCAAGCUCUCCUGGAAGAGCACCGCACACUCCAGACGAGUCACGACGACGCCGUGUCGGAGAAGGACGAUGCUCUCGCCCAACUACGCCAGGCGCAGCGGGAAGCAGACAACCGGAAGCCGGACACGAGAGGAGACGCGGUAUUCCGCGCGGAGAUCGACCGUCUGCGUGCUGACCUCCAGAAGAGCGAAGAUAACCUUGCGAUGGCCGAAUCCGAACUCGACAAGCAGACAGUGCUUGUGACGGAUCUCACGCGCAAGGUGGAUGAGCUCCAGGAGCGUGCAGACGAAGCUACGCGGCUCAAAGAUCAGCUGGACGAAUAUCGUCAUGCGGCAGACAGGCUCCAGAAGACUGAGAAUGUCAUGGAGAAGUACAAGAAGAAGCUGCAAGAGGCUGCAGAUAUGCGGCAACAAGUCAAGAGUCUCGAGAAGCAGAACGCGGAUCUCGUCGACAAGAACGCAGCGCUUGAGGAGGAGUACCGCAAAGUCGCCGCGUUCAAGCCGCUCAUGGAGUCGUACAAGUCGCAAAUCGCGGAGCUCGAGACCAAGGCGUCUGCGCGCAGCAAGGAGAAUGACGCACUCAAGUACGAGCUCGAGCAGACGAAGACGAAGCUGAAGCUCACGUCCGAGGAACGCGCGAAGGAUUCCGAGACGCUCGAGCUGUACCAGGAGCGCGUGCGGGAGCUUGAGCUAUCCUCGCAGCGCCCUGUGGCUGCAUCUCGCGCGCGGCCGCAGCCGAGUACCGACGCCGAGGGGAACAUGUCCGAGUUCACCGAGGCAGAGCUCCUCAGCGGCGGUGGCGACGCGCCCCGCGAUCUGGACGUCGACGACGACAUCGCAGGCCUGGGCGAGGAGCUCGACUCAGCGAUCACGGGUACGACGAUGACAGACCUAAAGCUGCAGGUCCGAAAGCUGCAGCGCGAGCUCGAAGCGGUGCGCAAGAACGAGGCGGAUGGCAGUCGUGUGCUUGUGCUUGAGAACCUUCUCGAGGACGCGAACCGGAUGAAGGCGCGGUACGAGGCGGACUACCUCGCAGCGCAUCGCGAGAAGCUUGUCAUGCAGAACGACUUGGAGGAAAUCCGCAGCGGAAAGUCGAUGGGCGAUGGAGCGGAAGCCGCGAUUGCGCUGCGCCAACGCCUCAACGAGACUGUCGACGAGCUCGACACGUUGCGAAAGGAGCACACCGAGCUCGAGGUUAAGUUUGACUCGAUGUCCAAGGAACUCACCAUCGCGAAGUCUGACUUGACGCUCGUCAACAAAGACCAGCUCGACAUCCUUGCGACGCUGCGCGAGUCCGUGAACGAGGACAAGGUGGAGCUCGAGGCCGAGGUCGAGCGCCUGCGCGGGCAGAUCAAGGAGCUCGCGGACAAGAACAAGAUGCAGCUCGAGCAGAUCAACGGCCUCCUGCUCGAGAAGGUCAACCUCCAGAGCGAGGGCCUCGACCAGCGCGACCGCAUGCUCCAGCGCGAGCGCGCGAUCGGCGACCUGCGCGCGUCGAUGUCGGGCAAGGACCUGCCGGAGGACAUCAAGCAGCGCAUGCUCGCGCUGCACGAGGAGAACAUCAGCCUCAAGGAGCAGUCUAAGACUGCGCAGGAGAAGCUGGUCAAGGCGAAGGCGUUCAUCAAGCAGCAAGACAAGCUGUUCAAGGAGGAGCACGCGAAGAGCGCUGGGGGCGUCCCAUCGGGUGCCUUCGAGGAGGCGGAGAACAGCUACCGCUCGCAGAUCAAGAUCCUCGAGGAGGACGUCGCGCGGCAGAAGAGGCUGCUUGGGGAGGCGACGAACCGGUACAGGCGCGAGCAGACGCUCACGCUCAGCGUCAUCCACGAUAUGAGCAUGCGGACUGUGCGCCAGCAGCUUGGGAGCGCGAAGCAGCAGAGCCGACCAGAGCCCACGAGCUGGCUGAAGCAGCAGCGGCAGAACCUCGGACCAAUGCUGCGGCGAUGA